AUGGCCGAUGUAAUUAAUAUCUCAAAAGUUCCUAUUUUUACGAAAAAGGAAAGGGAAUUUAGUGAUAUUCAAAAAAGGAAAGAAUCAAAUGAGAAAAUUUUAAAUAAAGAAAGUGACAGAUUUACAUUAUAUCCUAUUUUGUAUCCUGAUGUAUGGGAAUUUUAUAAAAAAGCAGAAGCAUCUUUCUGGACAGCUGAAGAAAUUGAUUUAUCGAGUGACUUAAAAGAUUUCGAAAAAUUAAAUGAAAAUGAAAAACAUUUCAUAAAAUAUGUAUUAGCUUUUUUUGCUGCAAGUGAUGGAAUAGUUUUAGAAAAUUUAGCCAGUAAAUUUUUAAGAGAAGUUCAAAUAACUGAAGCAAAAAAAUUUUAUUCUUUUCAAAUUGCAGUAGAAAAUAUUCAUUCAGAAACAUAUAGUUUAUUGAUUGAUAACUAUAUAAGAGAUGAAAAAGAAAGAUUGAAUUUAUUUCAUGCCAUUGAAAAUAUACCAGCUGUAAAAAACAAAGCCUUAUGGGCAGCAAAAUGGAUAAACGAUACAAAUUCUUUUGCAGAAAGAAUAGUAGCAAAUGCUUGUGUAGAAGGAAUUUUAUUUAGUGGUAGUUUUUGUGCAAUUUUUUGGUUUAAAAAACAAAAUAAAUUACAUGGAUUAACUUUUAGCAAUGAAUUAAUUAGUAGAGAUGAAGGAUUACAUACUGACUUUAAUUGUUUAAUUUAUAGUUUGUUAGAAAAUAAAUUACCUGAAGAGGUUGUUCAAAAUAUUGUUAAAGAAGCUGUUGAAGUAGAAAGAUCUUUUAUAUGUGAAUCUUUACCUUGUGAUUUAAUAGGAAUGAAUUCUAGAUUAAUGUCACAAUAUAUUGAAUUUGUAGCAGAUAGAUUAUUAGAGUGUUUAGGUUGUUCAAAAGUUUUUCAUUCAAAAAAUCCUUUUAAUUGGAUGGAUUUGAUUUCACUUCAAGGAAAAACCAAUUUUUUUGAAAAACGUGUUGCAGAUUAUCAAAAAUCUGGUGUUAUGGCACAAAGAAAAGAUCAAGUAUUUUGUUUAAAUACUGAUUUUUAA